AUGAUUGUUACCGUUGAGCUACAUCAGAUAAUGUUGGAUAUCGCAGAGAAGUAUGCUAACUUUAGACGUGACUACAAUUGUCUUGUACAUAUCGGUGAUGGAUUGGAGUACAUCAAGAGACUGAAUGAUGAUGAGAAGUUCGACUUAAUCAUACAAGAUGGUUGUGCAUCAACUCCAUGUGAUCUGUUGACAUUGGAUUCUUUGAAGACAAUGUCCAACCUACUCUCACCACAUGGUAUCUACAUUCAGAACUUGAUCAAUAUGUCUAAACAUCGAGGUGUUGUACGUAACUUGCAGGAUUCAUUCAAAGAGUUGUAUUAUGUCGAGUCCAAAUCUGUUAAUCAAGUGUUGGUUGGAUAUAAUCAUGACAAAGUGUUCAAUGUUGAUGAGCUCACUGUUAGAGGCGAGCAAUUCCAGUCACAAGAGAAUCCACAAUUCGACUUGGUCAAUGAGUACUCUUCUCAAUUCAAACGAUUGACCAAUGUGAUGAUAAACUGUGAGAACUACAAAGAAUAA